ACUUGCAGUCAUAGCAACAAAAACAAGCGCUUCUUUCGCUUGCUUGUUUAAAUUGCUAAGUUAAUUUGGUUAAGCUAUGUUUUAAAUGAAGCAUGUGUUGAGUAAUGAGUGAUACGGAUACGGAUGAUACCGAUUUGUUGCUGUUAAUUCCGCCCAAUUACUAUACGGACUCUGCAGAGCGUCAAAUGCGUGAGGUGCAAAGUAAAAUGAGUGCAGCUGCUGCGAGUGCAGAUGCACUGGCCAUGCCCCCUCCUCCGGCGCCUGCGCCCACAACAGCUGCCUAUCAGUUUCUAGUGCCGAGCAAGAAAACCGAGCUUAAUCAUAUAAAUGCAAGACUGCAAAAUCUGGAGCUGGAGCCACAUUUUGAGGCACCCUCUGAUAUUUCCACCAUUUCCACGAGUACAGUGCGCACUGCCUUGGGUGGAAAUAGACAGCAGCGUGAAUUGCAUGGGAUGGUUCACUCCACGCCCAAAAGCGGCUCUGUGGAACCGCCACGGCAGGACAACAUAUUGCUGGAAAUCGAUAAUUAUCUGGACGAUCACAAUGCUUGGCAGCAACACCAAAAUCAUCAUCAUCAUCACAGUGAUGAUUAUCUGCGUUUGCGCGGGAAUUCUGGACAGGCACAGGAAUCUCAGCAGGCGGCAACUUCACUGCCCAGCCUACGUCUGGCCACUUCCGUAUCCGGCAAUGAGAACAAGCUCAUCAGUCUGAGUGAUCUGUGGAGCAAAAGCAAUUUGGCAGGCACUGUAGUGGCAAAUAAUGCCUUAGCCUCUCCCUCGCUGAAAGAGGAGCAGCUGAGGCGGCAACACUUGGAGAAAAUGGUGCAGACACUGCAAUCCCAAUUGCUGGAGUAUCAGCAACGCAUCUCAGUGGCCAUCGAAGUGGAUCGCUCCAAGGAUGCCGCCUUGCAACAGGCGGAACAACAAUCCAAGACACUCAACUUUGAGGUGCAACAUCUGCGUGACACGCUUCACAAGCUGGAGGUGGAACGCAACGAUAGUCACGGCAAAUGUGAUGCACUGCAGCAUGAACUAAGUCAGGCCGUCGGAUUGGCCACCAAAUUCCAGGAGAAAACAGAGAAACUGGAGACGGAACUGGAGCGUUGCCAGAGGCAGGCAAUGGCAUCAGUUCAGGACAAGGAGCAGCUGGAACUGCAACUCCAGAGCAGCAAACGAGUCGAGGAACUGUCACAUGCUGAGCUCAGCAAGUUGCGCGACAGAUUCGCCAAGAUGGACUAUCAGCAGGAGAAGCUUAAAACACGCAUUGAAGAGUUGGAAAAGGAUAACUCGACGUUGCAUCAGCAGAAGGAAAUGUUGCAGGAAUAUCAUCAAAAGCAAAAGACACGCGCUGAUAAUCUGGAAACACAACGCAAAUCUCUGCAAGAAGCGCUGGCCAAUUUAACAGAUAUCGAGACGAAUCUCAAGCGAAAACUGGAGAUUCAACAAAAAUCUCUGAAGCAACAUUACCAGCAACAAAUGGAAAAUGUUGUGGCCAAAAAGCUGCAAGAGUUUCAAAUUCAGCUCGACAAACUGGAAGAGCAAUUAAAAUCGGAGGCACGUGAACGUGAACGUUUAAUAGCGGAGCGUGCUGUCAAACAGCUGGAGAUGAUAAACGAGAAGAACAAUCAGGAAUUGAAUCUCAUACAGGAGAAGCACAACGAGGAGGUGGAAUUGUAUCGCCUACAGUUGGCAAAUGCUUCCAAAAAGAUAGACGAACUGGAUCUCAAGCUAAGCUGCUAUAAGACAAAGCGUGCGGACAUUGCGGAGAAGUUGCACGGCGUGAUGGAGGCACAGUGGCAACAGGCGCUGGCCAUACUCACCUCACCCAACCAGACAUUUCAGAUCUCCGGCGGCGAGACGGACGGCGAGUCUCCGGAUCUGAACAAUGCACGUCAUUAUCCGGAUACGCCCAAGUCAAGUAAAACGCAACGCAGCAGCAACACGGAGAAGAAUAACUUGGAUGUGGUGGGCAAAAAGGAUCCAUCAUCGCCCAUGGAUAAACUGCAGGCAUACAUUGAGCUGCUGUUGAGCAAAUCUCCCAGUGAUUUCGAUAAGCUCGAUCAGAUACUUGCACUCAGUACAAAACAAACAGCCAAAUCACAAAAACGUAAUGCCAGCAACGGUCCAAAACCUCCGCCCUGGAAGGCCUGAUAAUACCUGAUAAAUAUAUAUACUCUAUAAGAUUGUAAUAAAUUAGUUGAUUAUUGCAUUUAAAUGU